UUUAAAAUGAGGCCAAAAAGAAAAUGUGUUGCAAAAAACCAACAAAUCUCUGAUGGUGGUAACAAUAAUAAAAAAAGGUCAAAGAGAAGAUGUGUUGUAAAAGACCAACAAAUUUCUGAUGAUGGUGACAAGAAUAAACAAAAAAUUGUCAUCAAUUCACUGGAUUAUGACUCGUUAGCAAAAAUCAUCAUGUUGUUGCCCAUACCAGAAAGGAUAGACAUGGAAGAAGUUUGUACCAAAUGGAAAGAGGCAUCCCAACUAGCUUGGUACGACAUUAAAAAAUACAAAUGUGAAUCAUCAAUUGGACGUUGUUAUGAUAACCGUUUGUUGACACAAUCAUACCUUGAGAAAAUAUUAUUAAGAUGUGGUAAAUAUCUGCAUGAAUUGUCUCUCUCAAAUAUUUUCGAUUCAAGAAUCAUGCCAUUUGUUGGUGAUCAUUGUAAAAAUUUAACAACCUUGGAAUGUAAAUUUGAUGAUAAUGUCUUGAUUGAUAAUGCUGAUCACUUUGUUCAAGCAUUUACACAAUUGGAUAAAUUAAAAUGCAUUAAAAUAUUACUGAACUAUACAACAGAAAAAAAAGUAAUUAAUCUAUUUGAAAUAAUUAAUAGUCUUCCAGAAGAAAUUAAUGAAAUUCAUAUAUUUAAUGAAUGUUGGUUUGAUUACGGUAACCAAGAAGUUCUUUUCACUUUAAAAAAAUUUAAAAAUCUUCAAAAACUGACUUCACGUAGCCUCUAUUUAGACGAGCUAACUCUUCAAGAAAUAGCAGAAGCAACAACACUCGCUCAUCUUGAUAUUGAAUUACAUGAGAAGCACGUAGAGUUUCCUCUUCUUGAUAAACUCGUUAAUUUGGAGUAUAUACAAAUAGGGAUUGAAGGAGAAAAUGAAGACAAGAAAGACUGUACAAACGUACUCAACACUUUUUUUUGUAAAUGCAAAAAUCUAAAACAUCUUGAUAUUCCAAAUGACUUUUAUAAUCUUGCUAAAAUUCCUUUGGCAAAAUGGAAAAACUUGAAAAAUUUAGAAUAUCUUAGUUUAUCUUGUCAUGAUGUGUCACCUGACUUAGUAGAUACAAUUGUUAAAUAUUGCAAGAAUUUAAAACACUUGUGCAUAAGCUCUUUACCUGAUAUUAUAGAGGCAUAUGUUGUAAAAAAGUUAACAGAAUUGGAAAAUCUUGAAAUUUUAGAGAUUAUUUAUGAAUCCCUUGAUGAGGAAGAAAUAAUCGCAAUUUCAAACAAUUGUAAAAAACUUAAACGUUUAAAACUUGAUGGAUGCACAGUAAUAUCAACAGAUAUUGAUGAUGACGGACUUUCUUCUCCAUCGGUUUUCAAUGAGUUAUCAAAAUUACAAUAUCUUGAACAUCUAAGCUUGGAAGAUGCAGAAAACAUUGACGAUAAUACAAUUAUUGCUAUUGCUAAUAAUUGUAAAAACCUAAAAAGUUUAGAUAUCUCUGGUAACAGUGAUGAUAUUAGUGAAACAGCUCUCGUUGCUUUAACAAAGUUGGAAAAUUUAGAAAUACUAAGCGUAAGCUCUCGUAAUAUUUCCGACAGCUUCAUUAUCAGGUUAAAAGGAUUAAAAGAGUUUAAUUGUGGUCAUUGUAGGAAUCUUACUGAUACUGGUAUUAUUCAAUUUAUAAAAAAUAACCCAGAUCUUGAAGAUAUCCAUGCGGUGGGAAUAGAUAAUAUUACAAUUGACUUGGUUAUUGGUGCUGAUCAGGCAACUAAAAAUCGUACAAAUGGCAUAAUUUUACGUUUACGAAUAUCUAAUAAGUCAAUAAUUGAAGCUUCUAAGUCAAUAAUUAAAUCUCAAUGGUUGGUUGUUACUGAUUAUAGAGGAUAGAUCUAUCCUUCAAAUUAAUUUAAAUUUAUCGUAUAUUUUUCUCUUUUUUAUACGCUUAAUAUUCUUCUAUAAUGUAUUCCUUAAAACACAUACAAAAUGUGUGACUAAGUCAAAGACAUUGUAAAAGAUUAUUAUUAUUAUUAUUAUUAUAACAACUUUUUCUCUAUAUUACUUUAAACCAUAAAAAUUCAAAUGUCAAUGUUAAUAUUUUUGUAAAACAAAGUUCAAUAAUAAAUAUACCUAUUUCUUGAAUAA